GCGUGUGACGUCAUGCAGGUGGAAACUCGACCCGCUUUGAGUCCUCUGAGGAUUAAGGUGUGUCCUUCCUUCUUUCAGGUCGACUAAAAACAUUUCACGGAGAGGAACACAGAGUUCAUACACCGCUUCAAGAGACGGGCUGUUAUUCAGUUUGAGAAAUAACGAGAAGAUUGAAAAACACGGAAUGGCUGUCUCCGCGAGUUACCGGAUCUUGUUUCUUUCCGCUUGUGUGAUUUUUGCGUCGGCACAGCCAGGUGAGUCAGGGCGAGGUUUUGUAGUCGUGCAGGGUUCAGACAAUGAAACCCCAGUUGACCAGGUCGUUAAAGAUACACUACAGAGCGGCCUCACAACCGUCUUCCUGCCAAUUAUUUACAUAAUUGUUUUUGCAAUGGGGUUGCCAACCAACGCGAUGGCGAUAUGGGUCUUACUGUUCAGGUCAAAGAAAAUUCACCCUUCUACCAUUUACAUGGGCAACCUGGCGCUGGCUGACCUGAUGUUUGUUAUCUGGACGCCUCUCAAGAUUGCUUACCAUUUAAAAGGAAAUAACUGGACUUAUGGGGAAGGGAUGUGCAAAGUGUUGGUGGGUUUCUUCUACGGCAACAUGUACUGCUCCAUCCUCUUCAUCACUUGUCUAAGCGUCCAGCGGUACUGGGUCUGCGCUCACCCGCUCUCCCAGCAUAAGAAAAACAACAAGUUUGCAAUCAUCGUAUCUGUGUGUAUCUGGAUCUUCAUAUGGGUCAGCACUACGCCUUUGUACCUCUACCAGCAAACAUUUAAAUCCACAGAACUCAACAUCACCACCUGCCAUGACAUCAACUUUGUCAGUCAGGAGAACUAUCAGACGGAAAACAUGUUCCUGGACGUUCAGCUGCCCUAUUAUUAUUUCAUGGUAAUGGCAGGUCUUGUGUUCUUCAUCCCAAUGCUGGUCAUCAUAGCUGCUUACGUUCUUCUCCUUCGUUUGCUUGGGAACUCCGCAGUUGAGGGCAGUGCCGGAAAAACCCGCCAACGAGCCGUGGUCCUCAUUGUCACGGUGCUCAUAACGUUCCUGGUCUGCUUCAUCCCCAGUAAUGUGAUGCUGGUGCUUCACUACUCUGUGCAGGAAAAAAGCUGGGCCAAUAAAAGCUAUGGCUUAUACAUCACCACGCUGUGCCUGGCCAGCCUCAACAGCUGCUUGGACCCCUUCAUCUACUAUUACGUCUCGGACGAGUUCAGAGAGCACGUCAAGAACACACUGCUGUGCCGCAGCAGUCGUACGGUGGACAGGAUGAGGGUGUCGUUCAGCUCCAUGAAGUACUCGAAAAAGAAACACACGUACACUUCCAGCACAGGCCCCACAGAGAGCAGCAGCUGCUGAGAGCGGGUCGACAUGGACCUUGAUAGACAGGAGUUUAUGUAUCGAGCGUUGACACCAUGGAUCUCGUGUUCUUCACUGAAUAAACUGUUUGAGAACACAUGAAGGUGUCGGUGAAGAUAUUGUUUCAGCUUGUCAGACCUUCGUAAACCCACAGCUGAAGGAGCCCCAAAGAGUUUGAACAGAACAACCUGUUACUUCAUCACAUUUUCAGUCUAAAGCUCGGGGCCGUGAAGCCAAAGCAGUUUCGUAAAACUUGAAUAGAAGCAUCUGAGCCAGGUCGUUCUGUUGUUACAUUUGAUAUUGUUCAGAUGGGCCGGGCGAAAUUAUAUUUAAUGUGAAUUUGUCAACCUGUGAACGGUUAAAU